ACCUGUAAGAUAAGAGUGAGGUAGAGAGAGAAAUUUAGUGAGAGAAAUAUUUUUUAGAGAGAGAAAGUGUUUCUAGAGAGAGAGAGAGAGCAAGAGAGCGAAAAAGGAGAUCUGAUCGAAUCGAGAGAGAAAGGUGAACAAGCACGAACCCUUAACCCUACUGUUUCUUCCAAUCCCAAAACUUCUCUUUUUCUAUAUGUGCCUGUAUAGAAAGACAUAUUUCUAUAGAUAGUUCUCUGUGUAUGUUUCUAUAGAUUUGGAUUAGAAUAAAUCGAGAAAGGUUCGAGCUUGCUGUUUGGUUUUUGUUUGUGUUUUGGGGUUUUGCCCUAAUUGAAUUCUGAUUCUGGGCAAAUUUAGGGUUUUUCUGGCUGGUAGUACAGGGAAGCGAAAAACCCUAGUUUUGGGCCAGUCUUGAGAUUCGGUUUGUGUGGAGAAAAAGAAAUUAGGGUUUUGGAGUUACAUGUAUGGCUUCGGGGACCAUAGUUGGAGAGGGAGGUGGAAAUGAUGGAGCUAGAGAGAAGCAGAGGUAUACAGAGAGUAAAGUUUAUACAAGAAAAGCUUUUAAAGGGCCUAAGAACAACAUCAACAAGCUCACGAGUACGACUACAACUACGACCACCAUAGCCGCCACCACCAAUACUAACAAUAACACCACCACAAACACUGUCAACACCACAAUAACCACCACCGCAACUGCAACUGCAAACGACGACGACGACAACAACAAUAACAAGAGCAGCAGCAACGACAGGAACAAUGAGAACAACUCUAUUCGAAUGCCGGAGUCGCAAACCCCAGCUUUAGAAGACACAAAUUCGGCCCAGAUACAGCCCAUUUCGCGUUUGGAUGCCAACUCCGAUGACUCUUCUAGCCUCAAUAGGCAGCAGGGUACAGCGGCUGUGGCCCCAAUUGACCGGGACCCGACUGCUGGGAAUGGGGUGGUAAAGCAAGAUUUGGACAAUAAAGUAAAGAUAAAUUUGGCGUCGAAGUCUAAGCAGGAGGUGAGAGAGCUCAGGAAGAAGCUGGAGAGUGAACUUGGUAUGGUAAGGAGUUUGGUGAAAAAGAUUGAGGCCAAAGAAGUACAGCUUGGUGUUGGUGGGUAUGGUAAUUCACGAGUGUCUCUGAAUGAGGUUGAUAAUGGAUUGAGGAGGGUUAAUUCAAAUGUGGGCUCGGUGGGUGUUCCACGUGAGAUUACUGCUUUUAUUCCUACUCCUACACCUAGGCAGUCUAGGCCUUUGAAUCAGCUUAGCGUAUCAGUGCUGGAUAAUAGCCAGGGUCCAGGUGAGACCCUGGAGAAAGAGAAAAGAACACCAAAAGCAAAUCAGUUCUAUAGGAAUUCAGAGUUUUUGCUCGCAAAAGACAAGUUUCCGCCAGCCGAUAGUAACAAGAAGUCGAAAUUGAAUGUGAAGAAGCAAGGGGAAAGAGACUUGGGAUUUGGCUUUGGGACGGGAUCUAAGGUUUUCAAGAAUUGUAGUGCUUUGCUUGAGAAAUUGAUGAAGCAUAAGCAUGGUUGGGUGUUUAAUACUCCUGUCGAUGUAAAGACUCUUGGUUUGCAUGAUUACUUUACUAUUAUUAAGCAUCCAAUGGACUUGGGUACUGUGAAGACAAGGCUGACUAAGAAUUGGUACAAGUCGGCUGAAGAGUUUGCGGAGGAUGUGAGACUAACAUUUCAUAACGCUUUGAAGUAUAACCCAAAGGGGCAGGAUGUUCAUAUAAUGGCAGAGGUGCUAUUGAAGGUGUUUGAGGACAAGUGGGCUGUUAUAAAGUCAGAUUAUGAUCGUGAGAUGAGGUUUGCUUCCAGUUAUGAGCUGGGUAUUCCUACACCAACAUCGAGAAAGGCUCCUCUGCUGCCACCCCCUCCUCUUGAUAUGCGGAGGAUUUUGGAUAGAUCAGAAUCGAUGACUCAUCCUCCUGCUGAUCCUAGACCAAAACCUAUUAUUACAACUCCUUCAGGAAGAAUCCCUGCUCUGAAAAAGCCUAAGGCAAAGGAUCCACACAAGAGGGACAUGACUUAUGAGGAGAAGCAGAAGCUUAGCACAAACCUCCAAAGUCUACCUUCAGAGAAGCUGGACAAUAUUAUUCAGAUAAUAAAGAAGAGGAAUUCAUCACUUUGCCAACAUGAUGAUGAAAUUGAAGUGGACAUUGAUAGUGUUGAUGCAGAGACUCUUUGGGAAUUGGAUAGGUUUGUUAUCAACUACAAGAAGAGUUUAAGCAAGAACAAGAGAAAAGUUGAACUCGCCAUUCAAGCGAGAGUAGAAGCUAAGCAGAAUGCCCUGGAGAAGAUACCAGCACCAGUUGUGGCAGAGACACCACUUGAAACUAAGACAGAUGAAAGAAAUGUUUCUGCUUCAUCACCUGUUCCAGUGGAGGAACAGGGAGAUAAUGGAACUAGGUCAAGUAGUUCCAGCAGCUCUAGCAGUGAUUCUGGAUCUUCGUCAAGUGACACUGAUAGUGACAGCUCCUCGGCUUCUGGAUCUGAUGUAGGGCAUUAACUGAGUAGUUGAGUAGUUAUGAUCUCAGAAAAUUUAGAGUAGAUAUUGACUCCAUGGAAUCUGCAUUUGCUGUACAGUGGAGAAGUUGGAUACCAGCAAUUAUCCUGCCACUGGAGAGUGGGGUUGGGUUGAGGCUGUGUAUCUCUGCAUAAUUGGGACUGAUUCCUUGAAUCUACAAGUGGGUUAUUUGUCUAGGCAGAAAUUUGUAUAAUAUUUUGGGUAGAAUGUGGUGAUGAUUAGAUACAGCAGAUGGUUUGUUUUCUGUAGCAAGUGUACAUGACUAACUACUGCUACUCAUCUUAGUUUCAGUAACUUUGUUGUUGACUUUCUCCUUGCUGAUUCAGGAUUCUUUGGUGUUAUACAAAAAGAUUAUCUGUAAUUCCAGCUCUUCAUCAGUGAUAUAUUUCAUAUUCCAAAUA